AUGCAAAAGAUUAACACCCACACUAGCACACACACACAAACACACACACACACAGCAGAAGCUUAUGGAGGAGAGGCCCCUGAAAGUAUUUGCAUUGUCGAGAUUGAUGCCUAUGAUCCGCUUGAGCUGCAGAUUGAUAUCAUAUUGCUUGCGCAGUUCCGUGCCGCUUCUAGUCGGAGCCUGCGGAGAGACGAACGAAUCGGGCGGCGUGCCCUGCGCCGCAUGCAGAUUAGCCGGUGUCACUUUGCUCGCCGCAAGCAGCUGCAUGAAUUGCUGCGGUUUGAGCAGCAAAUGAAUCGGGUGGAGCUGCCGUCACCGCCCAUACGAGUGGAAAACAAUUGGGAUCUGGAUACGAUUGACAGCGGUUUCAAGUACAUAAAAAAUAAUAUCAUUGGAGCAGGAGUACCCAAGCCGCAGGCUGGACUUGCGGGCUGUAAGUGCCAUGAGAGCGCAGAAAGUUGCACCGCCUCUUCCAUGUGUUGUGGAAGAAUGGCUGGCGAACGCUUUGCUUACGAGCGUAGAACCGGGCGUCUGCGGCUCCGGCUACGCAGUGCCAUCUAUGAGUGCAAUAGCCGAUGUUCCUGCGAUGAAAGCUGCACCAAUCGCGUCGUACAGAAAGGGCGACAGCAUCCGCUUGUGCUCUUCAAAACCAACAACGGAAGGGGCUGGGGUGUCCGCACGCCCCAGGCUCUGAGGAAGGGAGAGUUUGUCUGCGAAUAUAUCGGAGAGAUUAUCACCUGCGACGAGGCUAAUGAGCGUGGGAAGACCUAUGACGACAAUGGGUGUACCUAUCUGUUUGAUCUGGACUACAAUACAUCGCUGGAUAGCGAGUAUACUGUGGAUGCGGCCAACUACGGCAACAUAUCACAUUUUAUCAAUCAUUCAUGCGAUCCCAAUCUGGCUGUGUUCCCUUGCUGGAUCGAGCACUUGCACAUGGCUCUGCCCCACCUGGUCUUCUUCACCAUUCGUCCGAUCAAGGCGGGGGAGGAGCUCAGCUUUGACUACACUCUAGCGGACAAUGAGGACGUGCCCUAUGAGAAUAUCUCCACGGCUGCGCGCGUUCAGUGUCGAUGUGGGGCGGCCAAUUGUCGGAAGGUCUUGUUUUAAGUUCCAAUGCCAAUCAAUGCCAGCAUUUGAUUAUUU